ACCAACAGUCUGCUCUUCCCCAGUCUAGCGAAGCACCUAGCGCUGUGGUGAGGGCUUAUUCGCGGCCCAGCUGUCAAUUAACGCUAGGUUGGCGUUUGCUGGGACGUCCGCUCUUGCCGCAUCAAUUCACAUUAUUUCCCGCACAACCACGCGUGCUGCCCUGGGACCUGUGCGGAAAACGCAACGCUUCAGUUGAGUUGCUACGCGUCCCCACUACCUGAAGCAUCACACCUCACUCCCUCGCCUCUCGCCUCGCGCCUCUCGCCUCUCGCCUCUCGCCUCUCGCCUCUCGCCUCUCGCCUCUCGCCUCUCGCCUCUCGCCGAUGGUGAAGGUCCAGGCUUCCAUGUGACGCGAUCGGACAUCUGCGUUGCCCGUCUGCAUGGGAUGCCAGGCCUUGCCCGCCAGCAGUGCCGCAUCAGAUUUCGAGUCCUCUCUAAAACAGGUACAGGCUAGCACGUGACAACAAUUGCUUUGUUGUUAUGGGCAACCAAGCUUCUUCUGCAAACGUGGCUAUGUCUGAAGGCCCAACCCUAGUUUCUGGAGCAGCAGGGGUGAAGCAGCCUCAGCAGGCGUCUGGAGUUGCACAGGCCAAGCCAAGUUCACAAGAUGGUGCUCACCAUUCAGAAUCUUUAUCAGGCUCUCACGCGGUGCUUGGUUGCAGUUUCCACAACAGUGAGUCUCCGGUUUGGAGAGCGUUCCCUGAUACUUCUGGAGCUCGCUAUAAUCCGCCUGCCGCAACGCUCCCGCUUCCAUUUGAGCUGUACGGCCAGCCAUUUUAUAGAGGCUUUCAAUGGGAGAAGAAAGUGUAGGAGCAACGGUUGUGUAAUGUGGAUAGCCGGAAGUAGUUUCCAGCUGGAGAAACAUUGGGUCAGUUACUUGGUAUAUUGUCAUUGUGUGUGCACCUUUAAAGCUUGGAAAUGGAUGAGAUA